UUUCGUUGGUAAACGUUGAACGCAACACCUGCGUAACAUACAUGUACAUGAUACCAGUAACAAUUCAAGAUGGACGCUUCCGUGCUGCCAGCGAGUUUGUAUACCGUCAAAGCUAUUGCCAUCCUUGAUAAUGAUGGAGAGAGGAUUAUCUCAAAGUACUAUGAUGACACCUAUCCAACACAAAAAGAACAGAAGGCGUUUGAGAAGAACCUUUUCAGCAAGACCCACAGAGCCAAUGCUGAAAUCAUAAUGCUGGAAGGACUGACGUGUGUCUACCGGAGCAACGUGGACUUGUAUUUCUACGUCAUUGGCAGUUCACAGGAGAAUGAACUCAUUCUUGUCAGCGUGCUCAAUUGUCUCUAUGAUUCCAUCUCCCAAAUUUUGAGAAAGAAUGUUGAGAAGCGAGCUCUCCUUGAUCACUUGGAUGCGGCUUUUCUCGCCGUGGAUGAGAUAGUGGACGGAGGGAUUAUUUUGGAGUCUGAUUAUAACAACGUAGUACAGAGGAUAGCGGUUCGAGGUGACGACAUCCCAAUCAAUGAACAGACUGUUGCUCAGACCAUUACAAGCAAGCUACAAUUUUUCCGAGACUAAUGCCAGGUACAUGUAGCUGUCAGCACAAGGUGCUGCAGUCAGCCAGGGAUCAGUUAAAGUGGUCGCUAUUGAAGUAACCACUCUCAAGCUGUACUCAGACACGCCCUUAAGAGGAGGGUUGCCUUGGAAAUGGUGAAGGGCCAUAUUUAUGCGAUGUAGCUUUUAAGGAAAGGACAGAAGUCCCUGUAACGGUGCACUGUGGGCUUGCCAGUCAUGAAGUAUUUUUUUUUUGUCUAGUGUCAUUGUUCCAAGAACAAUAGAUGAGGUCAUCAGUGACUUUGCACUCCAGGUCUGAAUGCAGCUGUUGUUGCAAAUGAAAAAGUGCAUUCUGGGAUGCCAGAACAAUAAAUCAUUGUCACACUUGCUAGCUGCUUCAAACACUUCACAUAGUUUCCUUGGUCUCUGACUCUACAUGCUGCAUGACUUGCUCAUGUGCAGCCAACUUGUCAGGAUUUCUGUCCUUUCCGUUGUACUUUUCAUGUAUAGAUUGUCACAAACCAGCCAUUUUUGGUUUCCUUAUUUUUCACACCUCUGUUUUUUCCUCUGGCAUGGACAGAGCUUCUUCUAACCCUAGACCAUGGCCAAUCCCACAAGAUUCUGUACGAUUCACACUGAACCUUGGAGGUAUGGGGCUACAGGCUUGAAUGUUUUAAACUGUGAAAGUGCACCAAACCUUUGUUUCAUUUUUCUGUGAUACCAUUUAUUAAUAAUAAUAAUUAAAAGAGGAGCUCAUGAGACACUACUCCAUACUUCUGGAGACACAGUCCCAGUUUAAUACAGAGGAUUGUAGAAAAGUGUAGGCCUGAUAGACCACCUGUGUGGUUGUGCAGGAACAGAAUCUCUAGGCUCGGGUUCAAAAGUCAAUUUCUUGGCUCAAUGUGCCUCCAUUUACUGCCAAGGAUAUGCAUCACACCAUUCAGUGUGGGACCAACGUUGUGGUAUUUUCAUUUUGGUUGCAACAGCAGCAGAAAAUAGCUGCAGAUGAUUUGACAUCAUGAAUGAACUCCAAUCUGGUGGUGUUUGGACAAUGCGGCCAGUGUUCCUGAGGGAAAAAAAGGGGUCUUGCUCCCCCUUUAGCACUCUUAAAGCACUUGGCCAAGAUGGCUGCUCCUGUGAACAUUGUCUGGUAUGGGUGUGUGGGAGUUUGUUUGUGCAUUCAAUUGGGGACUCUGAACAAUAGAGGACAAUAAGGUCCCCGAUUGACAGAGGGUCCCUGAUUUAGGGGUCCCCGAUGUGUGUGUUAGGGAUUUAAGGUGAAUCUGCGUGUGCGUGGUGAGACCCCCCAAAAAAGAGAGCACUCCCAUAUGGGUCACCCAAAUCUCAAGUGGUUUGACAGACACAAUCACGGUGUGAACAGUCAAUCAUAGAAUUUGUUACCCACAGCCAGCCUGGGUGCAGUAUUGUUUAUACAUGUACAUUUAGUCGAACCAAUCCCUUAUUUGGCAAGAGUCUGGUUGUUUGGAACUGCUUAACCCAUUUCCCAGUAUAGAAGGUACAAAGUUUAUCACGAUGUAAAGAAAAUAAAAAAUCUGCCAGCAGAAACUGAGAAAAUUUGGUUUUCGUUAGAAUACGCCGUGAUAAUAAGGUGCCGUGUCCAUAAAGUGGAAUGAUAGGGUCGGACAAAUGAUCCAAUAUUAGCUGGUAUCAAAGCCAGCCUCAUGUUUGUGUUUAGUGUCAAACUUUAAUGUAUGUGCCCAGUUCUGACUUCAUUUAAAAUGUCACUUUCAUGUAAUACCCCAAAUUCCUAGAUGUCCCGCUUCUUCAUUUUUCAUUUCAUUUUCAGUAUCUUUAUUUGCAAACCCUUUUUUGUAUAUCAUUGUUGAAUUUUUCAUUCCUACUGUGACUUGUUCAAGUACCAGGCAUCUGAAGCUUGACUAGUUGAAUUUGCCUAACGUUGUAUUUCACGGUCAGGCGUUAGCCUUUGCCUAACUGUACAUCACAUAGUAACUUGACAAGUUUGAAUUUGCCUAACUUUGUUUAUAGUCAGGCAUAAGGCUUUGCCUAACUUUGUAUCAGAUAGUAUUUUCCUAACUUUGUGUUCACAGGUAGCAGGUUCUUUUCCCCCAUCUGUACGCCCUUUACUUAAAGUGUUCAUGUUCAUGUUGAGAAUGUUGUGAAAUUGAGUUUUUUUGUGUCGUAAGGAAGAAAUCAAAAUCUUGUUCUUGUAAAAAUGUAACGGAAAAGAUGAUCUUUGUAAGCUACACCCUUUGGACUGGGUUUGUAACUUGAAAAAAUAAAACAGUAGUAAAGCAAAACACUGCAUGA